GCCGGAGCAGCGGCAGCAGGAGCCCGGCUCCAGGAUGAAGUUCAAGCCCAACCAGACGCGGACGUACGACCGCGAGGGCUUUAAGAAGCGGGCGGCCUGCCUGUGCUUCCGCAGCGAGCAGGAGGACGAGGUGCUGUUGGUGAGUAGCAGUCGGUACCCAGACCAGUGGAUUGUCCCAGGAGGAGGGAUGGAGCCCGAGGAGGAGCCAGGUGGCGCUGCUGUGAGGGAAGUGUAUGAAGAGGCUGGAGUCAAAGGAAAAUUAGGCAGACUCCUGGGAAUAUUUGAGCAGAAUCAAGACCGGAAGCACAGAACGUAUGUUUAUGUUCUGACAGUCACUGAAAUAUUGGAAGACUGGGAAGAUUCUGUUAAUAUAGGAAGGAAGAGAGAGUGGUUCAAAGUAGAAGAUGCAAUCAAAGUUCUUCAGUGUCAUAAGCCUGUCCAUGCAGAGUACCUGGAAAAACUAAAGCUGGGUUGUUCUCCAACCAAUGGAAAUUCCACGGUCCCAUCCCUCCCAGAUAACAAUGCCUUGUUUGUGACUGCUGCGCAGCCCUCUGGGGUGCCAUCCAGUAUAAGAUAGAGAGUUGGGGACCCCUCCCCCACCUUGUCAAAUGUCACAGAGAGGGGCUUUUUUACUUUUGUUGUAACACACCUGACUGCUACCGGCAAACUCAGUUUGCCAUGCAGGGAUUUCAAAUAAUUUGCAUGUAUUUCAGAUGCUUUCAAGUCUUUUAAAAUAAACAACAAAAUAGCAAAAAUAUUUUAAGAUGCCAAAGCCAUGUGGAUUUUUUUUUAAAGCCUUAAUUGUAACCCUACCCCAUUACUUUGGUUUUCAUUUUUUGUAACCCCCCCCCUUUUUUUUCCACUUUUGUCCACUUGAUGUCAUUCUAUGGUUUGACAGAUCAAACUGGUUGCAGGGUAUAUUUUCACCCUAGUAUUUUUUUUCUUACAGUAUCAAAUAGUCACCAAUAGUGUUGGGAAUUAAUGAAGAUAUUCUUGGUAUUUAAAGAAAUAUAUCCACCCCAAAACUUGUUUAAGAGGUAUUCUCCAUUUAUAAACUGCAUAUUUAGGUUUUUAUAUGGUCCAGUAGCCUUUGGCAAAGUACUUUAGUUCAGUACUUCCAAGGAUUUGUCUAAAUGUUCAUAGCCAGUCAGCCUACGAGGACUAUUUCCCCUCUAACUCAAUAUGGAUAUAGAGAGCUCAGCAUUUUUAGGGAAAUACUGACAGCAACUUGCAUGUUGUUCAGCACAUAUCAUCCUGAAGACUAUGUUUAUAGAAAUUUACUUAGCAUGCGUGGUUGCUAGUUCCCUUUAUAAUCCUUUUAACAUAGAAUAUAUUAGGGCUACAUUUCCCUCAAUGGAGAUUGCUCUUAAACUGCAUUUUCGGUUUCUGAUUUAGUGACAGUAUUUACGACAGGAUUAGAAUCUACCCUUCCAUGCCAGUGUCUGAUGACUCCAUCAUACUAAACGAUUCCUGUUCAGCUGUUCUAGGUCUAAGACGGCACAUUUGAACAUCUCCUGUUGUCUUAAGUGGCUUACCAUUUAAGUUAAUUGUGGGGGAACUUGACGUAUGAGCCAAGAAUGAUUGUACCUUGUCUUUGUGCUCACUUAAUAUUGGCCAUCCCAUAAAAAAGUACCUGGUCUGAAAUCCUGUACCUCCUCCAUGAGGUCAGAAGUGAAGGGGGAGGGGAAGAGGAAAAGAUCUUUCUUUAUGUAGCCAUUGUUAGCCUUUUGUAAAUACUAAAACUGGCAAGCAUAAAACAGGAAAGUAUAGUUAGGACGUUUGUUCUGUAACUUGUUAACCUUUAAAAUGAAAUUGCUGCUGAAAACGGUCCUUAUGUGCAAGGAAAACUGGUGCCGUUUAGAAAAUGAGAUCUUGUGCCACAGAUUGCAGCAAAACUAAAUAGAAACAUUAGUUUAUAAAUUAAUGCUGUCGAAGUAAUAAGUAGAAAAACUCAACCAGUAGUAUUCAUUCUAAAUUAUGUAGUGUAAUCAAACAUGAUCAUCCAGACCUUUUAUAUUUUUCUUUGUACAAAGGUCAUGUAUUCUGGGUGUUUUGGGUUUUUGUUUUUUUUUCCUUUUUAAAAAAAAAUUUUUAAAUCCACAGAUUGACAUUUUCUAUCAGUCGCCAAUACUUUUUUUUCCUCACAAAUCUGCAAUUUCUCUAUGUACUAAACACAACAGAGAAACUGGACUGUUCUGUAUAGAAUACUGCUUCCGGCUAAUAAACCAUCACAAGUGCUCCGGGGUUUAUAUGUACAUGAUAUUCUCAGAGGUAAUAAUGCAUGAGCUUAUUUUAUAAACUCUUGGACUGUGUAUUGCCAUGUAAAAUAUGUACAGUAUUAAUGUCAACCAUCUCUUUAAAAGUUAGCUUAUAAAUAUUGUUGUAUAAUUUCUUUGGUCAGAAUAUUUAGACUACGUCAUGUCACCUGGGUCAGGAUUUUCUUCAGUGCCAUUUAGCAAACCAACUGUCUUUAGUCUAGCAAAGAAUUUACAGAAUGCAACCAAAUGCAGCUUCACUCUUAAAUCACACUGAAGGGUUCUUCACUAUGACUCUUGAACCCAGACUUGCAAGGUCAUAGAGGAAAAGACCUAAGGCGAUUCAGUUCUCUUACGAAUUGAAUCUAAGGAUGUCUACUAUCUCAGCCCUCUGCAGCCUGCAGCGCUGAGACUGCUGUUGUGUGCUUAUUUGUGGAGUAGCUGAACUGGGCAGCUAAAUUCUUCAGUUCCAUGUUCCUCCUAAGUUGGGGGGUGGAGGGGAGGACUUACAGAAAAGUAGGAACUGCCCUGUGUGGUGUUCUGUAGAGAAAUGGCAUUUCCCCACCACACACAUGCCAUCCGUUUUUUUUGUUAAUCACGUUAUAUGGAGCAGAAAAGGUGGAGAGAAAUGGUUACUGUGUACAAGAAUUGCUUUGCAUGGUUUCAUUUGAGAUGGUCGCAUUCGAACUGUUGUAAGAAUCUUGACUUUCUUUUUUACAUUGCGAAUAAAAUGGAAAUGUA